AUGGCCUUGGAUGAGGCGGUGGAAUUGGAUUUGCGCCUGAUGCAUAAAAGCUUUGCGGAUUGCCCGGCAUCGUUAUGUCCUUUGCUGGGACCAAGAAUGCCACCUCGGGAACCUAGUACGCCUCCUAAAAUUCCACCAAAGGAGUCGAUUUGUAAUUUGCUGCAAUUUGAUGGGCGGAUUCAAGAUGAAAAAUUGAGGCAAUACAAAGAGCAUAAUGAUGGCACAAUGUGUGCAAAGCUGCUUGCUAUUAAUCGUAAACCAGAACGCACUGAUGAGGAAGAAAGAAUGACAACUGUUCUCCAGGCCUGCCUUGGUUAUUCAAAGUACUCGUACAGUUGGCGCUCAUUGAAGGGAACGAAAUUUCACGAAGCGCACGGGAAAAAGUAUCACUUUGGAAGCUUUAAGCAAGGGGACGUCUUGGGAUGCUUACUUCAUCUACCACACGAUAACAUUCAUCCUUCAAGAAGCUCAUCCGAUUACCUCCCGGUCACGCACAAAGAUGUUGAAACUGCCGGAGAUCGGGGCAGAACACUCCGUCACCUCCACCAACGAAAGCUGCAAAAAGGAGGAAAAACCUCAGCUUCCGAGAAACAUAAGGAACCAAAUAAAGCCGAGACUGGAGUGAUAGAAAGCAGAAAGGAUUCAAAAGAUGACACCGUUCCUGGGGCUGAGCAGCAAGUCCAUUGUGAAAGCAGAAAGGAUUCAACGGGCUCUCGACAUGGGCGUAGUGAUAAACUUCGCAACGAGUAUCGUCACUUAUCAAAAUGGUGUCCAGAGGGAAUGACGUACGAUGCUUUCAAAGCCAAUCAAGGAGCUCAACCGCGACGAAAUCGGUAUGCUUUAGAUGUA